CAGCUGACGCGGUUGAGCAACAGUUAAUAGAUUUCAGUUUGGGUGUUAUUUGUAACAAUAUUUAUACCAAAGCUCAAAUAAUUUACGUGGUGCUCGUGUUAUUAAAUAUAUUGUGUUCAAUUUUGUGAAUAAUUGUUCCACGGGUAGGUAGUGCCCGCUCACCUACUCUAAGUCUGUCUGGGUGAAUUUUCGGCUGACAUGGGAAGCCUGCAGGAACUGAUAAAGGAACAGGGAGACCUGGUGCGACGGCUAAAGAGCGCCAAGGCCGAUCCCAAGCAGGAUUUUAAAGAAUCGUUGGGAGAAGUAAAUCGAGCUCUGUCAAGGCAGAGCUACGUGUGUGGCUGCUGUCCAUCCAAGAAAGACAUAGAGCUCUUUAACUCGUGUAUUUCUUGUGAAAACGGAGGCUAUGGUAACUGGCCUCACUUGAAACGAUGGUUUGAUCAUAUGAAAAGCUUCAGUUCAGAGGAAUGCGCUGGAUUCCCUGAAUUAAAGCCAUGUAAUAGCAAACUGUCAAGCCUAAUUAGUGGCCUUACCACUUUUUCCACUAGUGAUUUAGACAAAAAGAUCAAAGAAGAGGUUGACAAGCUUUUGGAACUGAAAGCUCAACUUGGUGAUAAAAGCAGUGGCUCACAGAAACUCGUUCUCAAAACUCCAAAAGGCACAAGGGAUUAUGACCCUGAGCAGAUGACAGUGAGGCUAAAAGCCAUUGAAAAAAUUGUUUCUAUUUUUAAAAAACAUGGUGCUGAAACGAUAGACACUCCCAUUUUCGAGUUAAAGGAUGUACUGACUGGAAAAUAUGGAGAAGACUCAAAAUUAAUCUAUGACCUCAAAGAUCAAGGUGGUGAAAUUCUUGCCUUGAGAUAUGACUUGACUGUUCCUUUUGCUCGAUACUUGGCAAUGAAUAAGAUAACAAACAUCAAAAGGUAUCACAUUGCCAAAGUAUACAGGAGGGAUAACCCAGCAAUGACUAAAGGAAGAUACAGAGAAUUCUACCAAUGCGAUUUUGACAUUGCUGGGCAAUACGAUCCAAUGCUACCAGAUGUAGAGUGCCUACGAAUCAUUUACGAAGCUCUGAAGGCACUGGAUCUAGGUCCUUUCCAAAUAAAAGUAAACCAUAGGUGCUUACUGGACGGGAUAUUCGCAGCAUGCGGAGUGCCCGCGGAAAAAUUCAGAAUCAUAUGUUCUUCGGUCGACAAACUCGAUAAGAGCCCGUGGCAGGAGGUGAAAAAGGAAAUGGUUGAAGAGAAAGGCCUAGACAGUAGCGUCGCAGAUAAAAUCGGCGAGUACGUACUUCAGAACGGAGGCAAAGAGCUCGUAGACGAGCUAAGGAAGGACGCUGUUCUGGUAAAGCAGAACUCGGCCGUGCAAGGCCUUGAUUCGAUGGAACUUUUGCUCAGUUACUGCGACCUUUUCAAAAUCUCGGACUGUCUUACUUUCGAUCUUAGUCUAGCGAGAGGUCUAGACUAUUAUACCGGGGUUAUCUACGAAGCAGUGUUAACUGGUGAUAACGUGGAAGUGGGCAGUGUAGCAGCUGGUGGUCGAUAUGACAACCUCGUUGGCAUGUUUGACCCGAAAAACAAGCCGGUACCCUGCGUAGGUGUGUCGCUUGGCAUCGAACGCAUCUUCAGCGUCAUCGAAGGAACAAUCGCCAAGAAAGGCUCAAAGGUCCGUACCACAGAUGUACAGGUAUUUGUUGCUGCAGCGCAGAAAAACCUUCACGAGGAGCGAAUGCGGAUUCUCAUCGAUCUGUGGGAGAACGAAAUCAAGGCCGAGCAAUCCUACAAAAAGAGUCCAAAGCUGUUGGCUCAACUGCAGCACUGUGAAGAGUACGGCAUACCUCUGGCUAUCAUCAUUGGCGAAGGUGAGCUGAAGAAGCAGGUGGUUACGUUGAGGGAUGUCAAGACGAGAGAAGAGACGUCCGUGCCGAGGGAUCAACUCAUCCAAGAGCUAAAAAAACGUUUAGCUAACUUAUCCAUGGAGCAGUAGGAGUGAUACUAUUUCGAGGAGGUUGUCUUGGUUUUCAACUUUCUCGAGGCAUGUCAAAUGUCGAUUUCAACAAAGUACCCCAAAGAGGCUUCAAAACUUUGUAAAUAUCUUUCUCGCCUCUUGGUUAAAUUAAACACUAUUACUCAGAAAUCAAUAUUUCUUGUAACGUGUGAAAAUUUUGCGCAACGUUCUCGCAGUGCGAGGCACUUUGAACAGUCGGUGAAGAAUGAUCUUCCAUCCUUAGACUAAUUCACGUUCACUAGGUAUCUUUGCUCCGUUGAUCUUACCAACUGUGUCACGCAAUAGUAAGGUCUGUCAGAGGAGAAUCCAAAGAUGUUUCCUUACCCUUUGACGCAUUAAUAAAUUAUGUACACUUGCAAUCG